AUGUCACAGGCCCCUGACAUUCCAUGUAUCCUGGAGACCAAGAGGAAGACAUUCCUCCUUUGGUGAAGGGAACAUGGCAGCAAAUAGAGGAACAGGGACCCUCUUCCUGCUCUUUCUGCUGUCCUGCUGGCCAGAGACCAAGUUGCAGCUGACAAAAACGACCUCAGUCACAAGUACAACUACCGGAGAGUCACUCAGCUCAAAAGCACAAGAUAUGCAUGGAGUAUUAGAUGAGAUUCUAGUCCAAGAGAUUUUGGAAAGAAACAAAUCAAAACUUCCUGAACUUCCUGACCUUCCUGAACUACAUACAACAGCAGUAGGGGCACUAUUAGAAAAAAUCCUCACAAAUAAAACAAACACUGAAGACAUCCCUCACCGCAUGGUUCCUGAGAGCAGCCACGAGCCGCAGCUCCCUUCUGGAGAAAAUAAUUCAAAAAAUGAUAAAUAUGAAAAACCCUCCAUUCUGGGCAAAAUCCUUCAAAAUAUUGGAAGAUUUCCAGAAACAGCAUCCAGUACCAGAGAAGACUGAGCCCAGCAGAGCAGCAGGGGCAGCCGGUGCUUCCAGGCAAGGCAGCAAGAACAACAAGGACUCACCCCCAUCCUUAGGACAACACACACACUGUUAACCAUUCCAUAAAAUAAAUUUACUUGAUCCAUGUGAUCCCAAA